AUGUGUCAUCUGUGGCGGUAUUGGUAUUGUAUUGGGAGAAACCCGCCCACUUUUCCCCCUCUCAAUCUUCUCUUCUUUCUCUUUCUUUUCCACACAAAGACUUCUCUUUUUGACUUUACUUUCUCUUUGCUCGUCAUGGCUCUCAAGCGCAUUAACAAGGAACUCACUGACCUCGGCCGGGACCCGCCCUCUUCCUGCUCCGCUGGUCCCGUCGGCGAUGACCUGUUCCACUGGCAAGCAACGAUCAUGGGUCCUGGUGACUCCCCAUACUCAGGCGGUGUCUUCUUCCUGUCCAUCCACUUCCCUACCGACUACCCCUUCAAGCCUCCCAAGGUCAACUUCACCACUCGCAUCUACCACCCCAACAUCAACUCGAACGGCAGCAUCUGUCUGGACAUCCUGAGGGACCAAUGGAGCCCCGCACUCACCAUUUCCAAGGUGUUGCUCUCCAUCUGCUCGAUGCUCACAGACCCCAACCCGGAUGACCCUCUCGUCCCCGAAAUCGCGCACGUCUAUAAGACCGACCGCCUUCGUUACGAGGCGACAGCUCGAGAAUGGACCCGCAAGUACGCUAUUUGAGAAUUUGAAACGACAAAUCAAUAUCAUGUUUCUUUAUCGCUCCUCCAUUCCCACCUUUCUCCUCGGCCCUUAUGAUCUCCCACUCGACGACAAAAUACCUCUCGAUUUCUUUCCAACUUCGUCGCUCUGCAUCUUUCCGCUUCGCCGUUCUUGUGCCCCGCAACCCACGUUAGAAUCAAAUUCAGAAUCAGAACCCGCGAAAGUCUGGCGUACCCCGUGGUCGUAGAUACGUUUCUUGCCGUCUUCUUGCACUAUUACUUGAUCCAGUUUUAUGUCACCUUCAAAUUCAAAUGCCUGUCUCUUCUCCGUGAUCGCGCUUGCUUGCUUUCCUUUUGCCCGCGUGUUUGCGCGGUGACGUUUCGUGGUCGUUGAAUUUGAGAGUUCCUGGGACCCAAUGUCAUACUCCAACGAUCCUUAUGACCAACUUCUUCAUGCAUGGCAUUUUGUUUUCCAAGGUUUCUUUCUGAGAUUUUUCGUAAGGAUUGAUUCUGCUUUCAGAGAACUUCUACUUUUCUACAGUGCUGCUCUGCGGGUUGCUUCGGUUUUUUUGGAUUAUGCGGUUGAACGAUUAACGAUGAAGGUGGAGGCUAGAUGCAGUUGCCGAUUAUGUGGACUUGUCAUCAUGAGGUCUUGUGUCUCUUGUGCUAGGUGCUAGUGGCUGAUCUCUUUUCUUCUAUGAAUAGCACAAUCCAGGCAGGUCCCUCGGUG